AUGAUCACAACAGGCCGGCUCAGCUUGGCUCAGCCCGGCUCGGCCCGGCCCGGCUCGGCCCGGCCCGGCCCGGCCCGGCUCGGCCCAGCUCGGCCCGGCUCGGCUCGGCUCGGCUCAGCUCGGUGCUUUAAGGGCUCAGGGUCCCACCUGUCCAGAGGCGGCGCGGCUAACAGCAGCCAGCAGCCCGACGGCGUCGCCUUCUUCAUCAUCCAGGGCCUGGCCGGCCUCGGCCACGAGAGGACGGCCCUGUUUGUGCUCCUCCUCCUGCUGUACACGGCCAUCCUGGGAGGAAACACCAUAAUCAUCUUCACGGUGUUGACUGACCCGACGCUCAGCUCUGCCAUGUACUUCUUCCUCCGCAACCUGUCCUUUGUGGACAUCGUCUACACCACGGUCACCAUCCCCAACAUGCUGUCCGGCCUGCUGAUAGCCCCCAACACCAUCUCGGUUCCAGGCUGCUUCUUCCAGAUGUACUUCUUCAUUCAGCUCGCCGUUACGGGUCGUGGCAUCCUGACUGUGAUGGCGUACGACCGCUACGUCGCCAUCUGCAACCCGCUACGCUACGCCGCCAUCAUGACGCAGCCGGUCCGCCUGCUUCUCAUCACAGCAGCCUGGACGUUUGGCGCCUUCUGCACGCUCCCGGCCGCAGCCAUGGCCUGGCACCGGCCUUACUGCGGCCCCAAUGUGGUGCGCCACGGCUGGUGCGACCCGUCGUCCGUGAGGCGGUUGGCGUGCGCCAACACCAGCGUGGACAGCAUCCUGUCGCUGUCUUUUGCCAUGGUGGCGCUGCUGACCACAGGAGCGCUCAUCCUCACCUCCUACAUUCUGAUCGGCAUCUCGGUCUCGAAGAUGAACGCCGCGGAGAGGCUCAAGGCCUUCAGCACGUGCGCUGCCCACCUGACCGUGGUGACCAUCUCUUACGGCUCUGCAUCCUUUGUUUACAUCUCCUACCGUGUGGGGAACUUCGCUCCAGAGGUGCGUGUCAUCGUGGCGGUGUUGUACUCGGCCCUGACUCCCUUCCUGAACCCCAUCAUCUACAGUCUGAGGAACAAGGCGCUGAAAGAGGCCAUCAGGAGGACUUUCUGCAGAUCCAGGCGCACCGCUCUGUCCACCAGGAAACAAGUCAGCGCCGUGGCUUGA